AUGGCGAAACAAAUUCUGGGACUCGUUUUGAGGGCACUCAUUUUAGUGGCGGUGGUAUUCGCGGCAGGGGAACCGAAGAAAACGUACAUCGUUCAUAUGGAACAAGCGGAGGCCGGGAGUGGCACGCAUCGCAGGUCAUUGCAACAAGCCUCCCUCGACGCAAUUGCUGCAGAUCCAGCCUCUGUUCUCUACACCUACUCCAACGCUAUAAAUGGAUACGCGGCGCAGCUCACCGAAGCACAAGCCGAAGCGCUGCGCGCCCAUGGGACCGUUUUGUCAGUGAGGCCUGAUAGGAUGUACCGCCUCCACACCACCAGAACCCCUCAGUUUCUCGGCCUCAUCAGCAACGAGGCCUUGUAUGGGAAGUUCCCUCUGAACCAGAAUACGUAUCAGGAUGAGAGAAAUGACACCGAAGCUAAAGAUGCAGAGUCAAAUAUCGUCAUCGGACUGCUUGACACCGGAGCCUGGCCCGAGAACCCAGGCUUCAGCGACGAGGGAAUGGGCCCAAUUCCGGAGACUUGGAAGGGGAAAUGCGAGGAAGAAGACGGGUGGACGGCCAAGGAUUGUAACAAGAAGCUAAUCGGCGCACGAUCCUACUAUAAGGGCUACGUCGCGGAGAUGUCCAAUGAGACUCACCCAUUCAACUGGACCGGGCAAUACAAGUCUGCUAGAGACAAUCUCGGCCACGGCACGCAUACUUCGACGACCGCGGCCGGCGCCGAGGUGCACAACGCAAGCUUCAAUGGCCUAGCACAGGGCACCGCUCGCGGUAUCGCCAAAUACGCCCGCAUAGCAAUGUACAAGGUCUGUUGGAAGGAGGACUGCGCGGAGUCCGAUAUCGCCGCCGGCAUGGACCAAGCUAUCGCGGACGGCGUCAACGUCUUGUCAUUGUCGCUUGGUCCUAACGUGACCAAACUUAGCGAUCAGGAUCCAAUUGUGUCGGGGAGCUACGCCGCCAUGGAAAAGGGCAUCUUCGUCACGUUGUCCGCUGGCAACGAUGGACCAGAGUUUGGUACAGUGAGAAAUAUCGCGCCAUGGGCGAUGACUAUUGCCGCCAGCACGCUCGACCGUGAGUUUCCUGCCAGCGUCAUCCUCGGGAGUAAUAAAACAGUUACUGGCGCCAGCCUGUACAGAACCAGUGCUGGAGGGAGUAAGAACCAAUCAGUGGCUGAUGCUGGGAUGCAUCGUCUCGUUCGCGGCACUCAAGUCAGCAAGGGUAACGCUUCUAUCGCAGCUUACUGUCUUAAAGACAGCCUUGACCCGGAUAAGGUGGCCGGGAAAGUUGUUGUCUGUCGCUUGGGGAAAGGCUCUAUGAGAGAAAAGGGACAAGUUGUUAAAGAUGCUGGCGGCAGUGGUAUUAUUGUCGUCAGCCCGGCCACCCAGGGCGAAGAGUUGUUCGCGUCCUCACAUGUCAUCCCUGGGGUACACCUAGGCUUCAAGGCAGGCUCUGAAGUGGAAGAAUACGCGAAAAGCCCGAACGCCACGAUUACCUUCAAGUUUGGCGAUGCUAAAGUCGGCGUCCCGGCACCGAUUAUGGCCGGCUUCAGCGGUAGAGGCCCUACCAUACCAGCGCCUGGCAUUCUCAAGCCCGACAUCACCGGUCCCGGAGUAUCCGUUUUGGCCGGCUGGACAAACGACAAGUUAAACCCGACAAAGGGCAAUUUCGCAAUCAUAUCUGGUACAUCCAUGUCUUGCCCCCAUAUUGCUGGCAUUGCGGCCUCCAUCAUGGCACGGCGUCCGGAGUGGAGCGUUGCCGAGGUCAAGUCCGCCAUUAUGACCACCGCGUAUACCACACUCAAAGGCACCUCAUCGCCAAUACUAGAGAAUACAAAUUCCACCGUCGCAAACCCUUUCAACUACGGAAACGGACAUGUGGACCCGAUGGCUGCCUUGGACCCAGGUCUCGUCUACAACAUCGCCCCACACGAAUACCGUGAUUCCCUGUGCGCUUUCAACACUACAACUGAGUUCACAAAAGGAAUCACAAAGAGCAACUUUACCUGCACCCCGGGACUGGAGUAUAGCGCAUAUGACCUCAACUAUCCUUCCUAUUCCGCGUUCUACAACGUCUCAACCACGAAUGGGACGUACACAGCCAUGUUCACGCGGACGGUCAAGAACGUGGGCGGUGCCGGCACUUACAACGUGUUCGUUUCACUGGAUGACCCGACUAUGGUCACGGUUGGCGUAAAACCCGCUACACUCGUCUUCAAUUCUGAGGGGGAAAAACAGACCUAUGUAGUGGCAGUGAAGCUGCAGCCGCCCCGUAAUGCUAAUUCUAAUGCUACGUCUUGGGGCAGACUGGAAUGGUCGGAUGGAAAGCAUGUAGUGGGCAGCUCGAUGGCCUUCACAUGGGGCUUUUCCAGUUGA